AUGGCCGACUUUGGUCCUCGUGCCCCUCAUGGGCCCGACAUGUCGGGAGACCAAAACCCGCUGGAGGAUAUGGACAUGCACGAGAAGGGUGCUUUCGAUUCCCUCAUUCGCCCCGAUGACAGCUACACCCCCGAGGGCAUCUACUGGGCUGAUCUCCCGCUCUGGAAGAAGAUCACAUUCGUCACCUCCUACAACAACAUGGAGGCCAAGCGAGAGCUGAAUGAUAUCUGGAAGAUGAUGAAGGUGGAUCCUCUCUCGCCCAUCUCCUACUACUUCCGCAACAUGGUCCUCCCCGGUGCUGGUCUCGGUCUGGAGGGUUACGUGCUCUUCUCUAUCGGCAACAUCAAGCCUCUCUUCCAAUCAGCCUUCCCUGAUUGCUGGAAACACGCCAAGACCUGUAGCCAGCAGUGGAUUUACGCUAUCGACUACCUCGAGAUCAUCGGUAUCAUCGUGGGUCAGAUCCUGGUUGGAGUCUUGGGUGACUGGAUUGGCCGUCGAUGGGGUUUGAUUCAGGAUGCCGUUAUCAUGCUUCUCGGUCUUGUUAUGUUGACUGCCGCCUGGGGUGUGACCCAGAAUGGCUGGAUCAUCUGCUAUGCUUGGUGUCUCUUUAUCUACGGUAUCGGUGUUGGUGGCGAGUACCCCAUGACUGCCACCAGCGGUAUGGAGAACGCGAUCGGCUCUGGAAAGGUAUCCACCAAAGAAGAUCGCCUGCACCGUGGCCGCAAGGUCACCAGUGCCUUCCUGAUGCAGGGUUGGGGUCAGUUCUUCAACCAGGUUUUGCUCAUCAUUCUUUUGCUCUGCUUCCACCACGGCAGUGGUAAUAACCCUUACUCCACCGUCUCUGUUCAGUGGACCUACCGAGUUUCCUUCGCAAUUCCCGCCGUCGGUACUUUGUGGCUUGUGUACUACCGUGCCUACCAUAUGAAGGCUGCUAGCAAGCAACUUACCGCUGCCAAGAAGAAGGCUUCCGUCACUGGCUAUGAUGCCCAGUCUCUGAAGCUGACCUUCAAGUACUUCGGAUUCCGCAUGUUCGCAACUGCCGGCGGUUGGUUCGCCAACGAUGUCUUCUUCUACGGCAACAAGCUGUUCCAAAGCGAGUUCAUCAAGGUGAUCAGUCCCCAAUCUAACUCUGUUAUGCCCACCUGGUUGUGGAACUUGGUCAAUGUUGGUGUGUCUCUGUGCGGAUACUACAUGGCCUCGUUCCUGAUCGACAACAAGCUGUACGGUCGCAAAUGGAUGCAGAUCAUUGGUUUCUUGCUCUGCUUCAUUCUCUUCGUUAUCCCUGCUUUCAACUUCGAUUACUACCGUCGCCCCGAGAACAUCAAGGCUUUCCAGACGAUGUACUUCCUCAGCUCCUUCUUCAACCAGUUCGGUCCCAAUUCGGUCUCCUUCCUGGUCGCUGCCGAAGUUUUCCCCACACCCAUUCGUGCCUCCGCUCACGGUAUGUCCGCUGCCUGGGGUAAGGCCGGUGCCCUUCUGGCCGCUGUCUUGUACAACUACAUCGAUACCCAGACCAAGUUCUACGUUGUGCCUUGGUUUGGUCUGGCUGGUGCUGUGAUCACCGCGUUCUUCCUUCCCGACACCACUGGUUUGGACCUGAAGGAGCAGGAGCGCCGAUGGGAAUAUCUCCGCCAGGGUCGCGAGGAAGAGUACCACGGUCCUGCCGUGCACCCCAAGCACCUGUCAUGGUAUGAGCGCUACGUCCUGCGCAAGUCCCGCUACUACGAUGCCGAACUCGACUACCAACAGAAGGUCGAGGAGUACCGCAUUGAGUGGGAGACCGCCAUGGCCGCUAAGACCGCUGAGAAGGAAGUUGCCGACUCCCUUGACACUGAUGAGUCGCUUCUCGAAGGUCACGUGCACACAUACUUCCACCGCACCAGCCCUAUGUUCAAGGGCAUGGAGAAGAAUGUGACUUCUAAGCAGGAUACCUUCACCUUGCCUCCCCCUGCGGAGAGCGAGUCUGAGGAUGGUUCCCCCAACGAGAAGAAGCACUAA